UUUCUUUCAGCUCCACGAAUGAUUCAAAAUGUUUCGGUGAAAGCGAAUGCAACGCAUGCCGAGAUUCGUUGGGAUGCAGAAGAUGAUGGAGCAAUGCUAAAGAUUGAUUUCAAAUUGGUUAGGCGAACAGAUGGUGUUGAAGUUUGGUCCGAUGUUAACGCAAAAUCAGGCGUAGUCAUUGGUGAACUACUACCAGCAACACCCUACACAUUAUUCAUAUCAGUAUUUGAUGGCCAAAAUGAACCGUUCAAAAUCACUGAACAUUUCACAACAUCUGAAAGCGCGCCUGAGCCACCGACACUGGGCGAAAUUCGCGUCCUGAAUCUCCAAGGCGGUUUAUAUUGUGAAGUGGAAUGGAUGCCACCAAAAACACCGAAUGGCCGCAUCAUCAAAUACUAUGUACGAGUACGUGGACAAAUUCGGCAUGUUUCACCGGGUGGCGUUUUGUCGAACGAUGAUUUCCCGGUGGAAGAGAAGAAUCAGUGUGCUAACUAUAACAACGAUGAGAAUAGUUUUACAAGUGCUGACGCAAUCGCUGAUUUUUAUUCUUGUCGUUUUGGACCACUGAAACCGAAUCGAAAUUAUACAGCAUUGCUAUGGGCUGAAAAUGGCGCUGGCCGAAGUGAUAGUGUAACUUAUUCGGAGCAAUGUAUCACGGAUUUUGCGCAGCCAGAUUCAGUCGAUCCUCCUGCCUCGUUACCCCAGAAUGGAACAACAUUUGGCUUAACGUUCAACAAUGAACCCGAUGAAACUAAUGGGCCUAUUGCGUGCUAUUACAUUGCAAUCGUUCCACUCUCACCGGAUGUUGUGAUCGAAAGUUUACCGGCACCAGAUUCGCUUAUUGUAGAUACAUUCCUGAAAACAAUGAACAAUAAUUUGCACAACGAGCAGCAGCAGCAACACAAACAGCCUUCGGUAUUUUCAACAACAGUGUUUCAGGGUACGAAACAGAAGCAUCGUUUCUUUGCGUAUGUUGCCGAAAGCUAUAUGCAGUAUCCACGUAGAACACUAAUUGGUGAUGGUAACACAACAGGUGGUGUCGAGCCAUGCAACGUUUUAUAUUUAAGCCGUCAUCGUCCGGAAGAUCCGGCACUGAAAGCGGGCCUAAAAUACACGGGUUUCUUGAUUGCACGUGUCGACCGCGACCACGCAACACGUGAUGAUUUAUUCCGCCAGAGUGAUCUGUUUUUCAUAAAAAGAAAACGAAGGCGACUACAUCAAAGCAUGGAAAAACGAUUUUUGGAGCGUAGCCGUUGGUUUAGCUACCGUGAAGAUGCAGAAUUUCCCGGCCGAUUGCGUUCAUCACGGCAGCUGAUUGCCAGUGGCCCUGCAUAUGGUUUUAGUGGAUAUUUCAAGCCAGUAAUCCUGGAAGCCUUUGAUGGACGUUUUGCACAGUCCUGGAUGACUGUUCUGUUCAGUGUGCUUUCUCUGGUCCUCUUCAUCAUGCUUGUUUCCUCAUUUGUCACUUAUGUGCUACACAGGCGUGGAAUGAUCAAGCAAUUAUGCCCGAUAAGUAAGGAUCGUACAUUGCUGAAGCCGCAUUUUCAUGCGACACCAGUAGAGGAUCUUCCCAACGAAUUCAUCAUCCGGCAUCGUGACAGCAAUUUCUUGUUCAUCUCCGAGUUUGAGGCUUUGCCGAACUAUCGAACGAUGGAAUCAAGCGCGUCGGAACGACGCGAAAAUGCUCAUAAAAACCGCUACAAUGACAUCAAAGCAUUCGAUGCGACUCGUGUAAAAUUGCCGAUUAUUGGAAAUGAUCCAUCAACUGAUUAUAUCAAUGCUAAUUUUGUGAAGGGUUAUAAAGGUCGAAAAACAUUCAUCGCUUCACAGGGUCCCGUUGAUGCAAGCACUGAUGACUUUUGGCGCAUGAUUUGGGAGCACAAAGUACGAGUGAUUGUAAUGGUUGCGAAUCUUUAUGAAAGAAGCAGGUGUCAGUGCUCAAAGUACUGGCCUGAUGAUGCACCAAAAAUUUACGACAAAUUGGAAGUACGUCCGGUGGAGUCGAUUUACUACUCGGAUUAUGCGAUACGCAGUUUCGAAGUAUGCCGAGUGCAACCAACUGUAGCGAACGGUGCAACAUCUGGAACACUUGCAACUGUUACAUACGAUGUCCCGAAUACUGCUGCAACCGAUCCUUCGGCUGUUAUUGUAAAUACAAGGGUUUCAAAAGUUUUUUUUUCCCCUUUCAGGGCACCAUCAGCACGAAAUUCGAUCGAUUCGAUCCUUAAUGAAAUGCCUUCGAACUCGAAAAGAAAUUCACGUUCAAGCAGUAGCAUGCAAUUGAACGAUGCUCAUGCCGAAACCGAAUUCGGCAGGAAAACGCCAGAAGUGCGUAAAGUUGUACAGUAUCAUUACACCUCAUGGAACGAUCUGCAAGCGCCGGAAUGCACAACUGGUUUGCUGCGCUUUUUAUCAAAGCUACGCAAACUAGACGACUACAACAACGGUCCCGUUGUCGUUCACUGCAGUGCUGGUGUUGGUCGGACAGGUACGUUUAUUGCAAUUGAUAGCCUGCUGGAUCAGUGCAUCGAGGAGGGCAAAGCGGAUGUAUUUGGAUUUGUCUCUGAAAUGAGAAAACAGCGAAAUAUCAUGGUGCAAAAUUAUACGGAUGUUGAAGUGAGCCAAUUCCAUGAGCACUAUCGCAACCUCUGUGAGCCACAGCAGCAGCAGCAACCGCAUUCAGGGCGCCAGCAACACGUAUCUGCAAGUCUUGCAACAACACUGGCCGCUGCUGUAAAACGUUCCACGCCAAAGCUACAACGAGCAAAUGGCGAAACUGCGUCCACAGAGAAAGUACCUACAGCCAUGGAAGCUGAAUACAAGCGCUUGGAACGUUCAUUGGAGCCGCCGCGAACAUGUGAUUUUGCACAUAAACCGGAAAAUGUGGUGAAGAAUCGUUUUGAUAAUGCUGUGCCGUUUGAUCACUGCCGAAUUGUGCUCUCAACUGUUGUUGGAAGUGUUAGCGACACCACCUAUAUCAAUGCUUCGCUUGUCAAGGGUUACUUCUACCCUUAUAUCUUAGCGCAAGAUCCUUUGGAUGAAGCGACAUGCUACGAUUUCUGGCGUAUGAUUGCUGGUCAAAAUUCGAAAGCAGUCUAUUGGCCCGAUGAAUUGGGACGUACAAAAACAUUUGGUCGUGAUGGUGAUAUGUCGGUAAAACUAAUCGGCGAAGAGCUCUUUCCAACAUUCACCAUGAGAAAAUUCACUUACAAAUUCACUAACGAGAAAACUUAUCGUGAGGUGGUACAAUAUGGGUAUUUGUGGUGGCCAGCAGAAAAAGUUGUCCCAGAAUCCAGUGAAUCACUAAUCGACUUAAUAAGUCGAGUACUAUCGUUACAGAGUGACCACCAGAAUGCUGGGCCGAUUAUCUUGCAUUCCAGGGAUGGAUCGUUCAAAACGGGUGUAUAUUGCUGUGUUUCUUUGUUACUGGAAAGGCUGAAAGCCGAGAAUCGUGUUGAUGUAUUUCAAACAGUACGAAGUUUGCAACAAAGGCGACCACUUAUGUUUACAAAAUUCGUAUGUUUUUCCCUUUCGUAUUCCACAUUCUUCUCUAAUUUCUUGUAA